AUGUCGUUGUUUAUGGAUGAGAUCGAUCACCAAUAUGUGAAGGCGUUGUUUCCGCACUAUUUGUUGGAGCAGCCGAUGGCAUAUGAACUUUGGAAGCUGUACUUCCAACACAAGAAACUCUUCAACAAACUGAAACUGAAGCGGCGCGUUAUUCCUAACUACACGGAAAAUGGAGAGACUGAGCUGUACCGGCGGUCGACGAAGUUGACGUAUGCUACACGAAAGGUAAUUUGGGAAAAGCUCUCGCAGUUGGGGGUUCUUGGAAUUAUACCGUACGACUCUGCGACAGACGAGUAUUUGGUGCAGGUGUACAAGUACUUCUACACUACGCAUAACGACCGGCUGGCCGGCGGAGACCGUUUGCUACGGGAGGGUGAGGCCACGGGCGGAACAGCCGGGCGGGACGAGGACGUGGCGAUGGAGGAGCGCGGCGAGGACUACGACGAGGAAGAUGCGGACGACUACGAGCAGUCUUCGGAUGCUCUGCCCUCGGACAGCGAUGAGUCUGCGCUUGUGGUGCAGCCGACGCAAUCUGUGGAGCCGGACCAUGGGGCAGAGCUAGACGGCGGUGCCGAUGUGGAAGCGUUCUACCCUGCAAUCACGGACUCGAAGCACUCCACGAAACGUAAGGGCAACCCCCUUUUCUCAGACGUAUACUCCUCGAUAGGCUAUCCUUUGCCCCACCUCUGGACCACACAGUCGAACAACUCAGUUUUGGUCUCAACAGACGGUUUCACAAACUUGCGGCCUAACCCCAACUGGCAGCUCUACUCUGGCUAUGACAACAGCCCUAUUGUAAAUAAUAGGCUACGGACUUCAGUUAAUAACCAGAAGCAGCAGUGGGCUUCCACCUGGGCGAAUGCUUGUAUUAAUCAUAAGAAAGUGGCUAUCUUUUACUAUGAAAUUAAGGUACUAUCGGUGACCAGCGCGCAGUCAGGCCAAACCUGCAAUAUCAAUAUUGGAUUUAAGGACUGGUCAAAAGUCGCGUCAAAUGCUGGCGAAGCAAACACUAGCGAUCCACCUUCGAGGGACCCGGGUGAAUUUUCUGCCUUGAACCGGCAAACUUCCAACAUAUUAAGAGGGCCUUUUGAGGGUUCCAGGCCAACUUCGCAACAGAGUAGCACUGGUAAGGAUGUCUACAUUUACAACGGGUCGGACGGUUACAUAAAUGACGGCUCUUUGUUCAAGUCGUACUCGAAGCCCUAUGGUCGAGACGACGUGAUCGGAUGUGGCAUUAACUAUGUCGAUGGUACAAUUUUCUUUACCAAGAACGGCAUACAUCUUGGCACUGCAUUCAAGGAUGUUGCGCAUUUAGACCUCGUUCCUUAUGUUUCAUUAAAACCCGCUAAUUCGAUCAGAACAAACUUCGGGUUGUACGAGGAGUUCUUGUUUGAUAUUGUUGGUUACCAGAAUCAUUGGAAGGCGAAGGCAUAUCAUAAUAUAUUUACCGCCAUCUCUGGCGGAGAGGAGAGUGAUUUUGGUUUCGAAGAUGAUGACGAAAGUGAGGAAAACGCAGGCGAUCACCUUGAUGCAGAUGUUCAGAUGAACGAUACCAAUGCCGGAGUCGGACAAGACUAUGACGAUAUCAAUAAUUCCACGCUGGAAAGAAACCAACAGGAAUCACAUACAGAUGGGUUCUUGUUGAGUUGGGACACCAGGUUUAGUGGCGGUCAGCUAUAUAAACCAGACAAAGAUAAAAUAAACAACAUUAGUGGGACGGACGACUCCAUACCAUGCACUUUAAAUACGAUGAUCAAUGACUAUCUAAUUCACCACGGGCUCAUUGAUGUUGCCAAAGGGUUUCUGAAGGACCUCCAGAAAGAUUGUAUCCCAAACAAUAAUGAGGAGCGAACAAGAUCCGUAAUUCGACACCAUGAACGCCAAAUUAAACGUGAAGAAGAGAACUUAAAGAUACGUCAGGAUAUUCGGCUGUUGAUUAAAGAUGGCGACAUUCCUCGCUGCAUCAAGUAUAUAGAUUCUAAGUUUCCUGGUCUUUUAACAAAACACGUUGAAUUGGCGUUUGAAUUCAAGGUGGCAGAAUACUUACUCGCAAUAAUGAAGCUAGAGCAGGUAACUAUCGACUAUGUUCUUCAAAAGGGACUAGAGAUCUCUAACGAGUUCAUAUACAAUGAGAAAUUGUCGCAGGAGCUCCGGCAAAAGUUUAAGGCGCACUUUGGAGACAUAUCGGCGUUAAUGGCGUACGAUAACCCACUGGUUGAGUGCCCUAAGGAAUUAGCGGUGUAUCUCACCCCAUCUUACCUACAGGAUAGGCUUUUCCAGCUUGUGAACACCACCAUUUUGAUGUUCCUAAAGAAGAAGAGCGAGUCAUCCCUCGAAAACAUGAUCAGCUAUACACGCGCAAUGGUAAACACGUUGAUGGAGUAUGGCGACCAGCCCGGCUCCUCCAACUCAGACUCACAAGAGCGUUAUUACAAGUUGGUAAAUAUCGAUGAAGACCUUUUGAACUUGUAA